AUGCGUUAUUCUCUCGCUGUGCUCGGCCUGGCGGCUGCCGUCUCGGCCACCGCCGUCGAUGCCAAGGUCGGGGUUGAUGCUAAUGCCCAGGUCGCUGCAGGUGCUGCGGUCGGCGCCAAAGUCGGCGCGGAUGUGAAUGCCCAGGUUAGUGCCGAUGCCGGUGCCGGUGCCGGUGCCGGUGUUGAUGCCAAGGUCGAUGCCGAUGUUGCUGCCGGCGCCAAUGUCGACGCACAGGUUGCUGCUGAUGUUGCUGCCGGCGCCAAGGCUGGUGCAGGCGCUGCUGCCGGUGUUGAUGUAAAUACCAAGGUCGAUGCCGGCGCUGCUGCCGGUUUCAAGGUUGGCGCUGGUGUUGGUGUCGGCGCCAAGCUCGGUGCCGGCAAGACCAUUGACGCCCAGGUCAGCGCCGACGUCGACGCCCAAGUCGCCAACAUCAGCGCCAAGUACCGCGGCGGUGCAGCCGUCAACCCCAGCAUCCAUGCCGGUGCCGGACUCGGCCUCUCCGCCGGCGGCAACCACAACGUCACCACCGAUGCUGGUCUGCGCGUCGAUGCCGCCGUCGAGGCCGCCAUCGCCGCCGCCGUCGAGGGCUUCUCCUGCCCCGCCACCAUGGCCUACUCCCCCUGGACCCAGGCCUGCAGCUGCGCGCCGGGCCUCUUCUACUCGGCCACCACCGGGUCCUGCACCGGUGGCGCGCGCCUCCUCAACGCGUGGCCCGCGCCGGCGCUCCAACUCUUUGCGAGCGUGCACGUCAAACUCGCCGCGUUUUGCGCCGCCAGCCCCGUCAAGAUGUGCCGGUACGACGCCGCCCACGAAUUCUGCCAGGCCGGCCUCGACACAAUUGCUUUUGUCGCCGAGGCCAAGAUUGGCAACGAGCUGGACAAGCUCGGCUCCUCGGCCGCCAUUGACGUCGCCGGCAACGUCUCCGCCGAGCUCAAGGCCGUGUCGGCGGGCCUGCACGGACUAUACCUGGAAAAGGUCGAGGACGCCGUCGCCCUCUUCAACAGCAGGGCGUACGGGCUGCAGGUGCUCGACGCGAACAUGGAGGCUGGCUUCAUCACCAAGACGCAGCUCGUGCUCUGCAAGCUUGGCCUCGGCUCGUGCCAGCGCGACUGCGUCUCGUUUAGCGGAAAAGGCUGCGCCAACCACAUUGAUAUUGGCGCGCCGGUCGGUGCCCAGAUAACGGGCCUGAUAAACGGCGUCUGCAUACUGCCUUCAGUCAUCCUCGUCGUGAACCAGGCCAGGGUGCUCGUUUCCGUUGCUGUGGAGCACCUGCUGUGUGUUGUCGGCAAUGUCAUGAAGACGCUCAUGGCCACCUUUGACUGCCACUGCAAAUAG